AUGGUUAAUGUGCUGCAGAGCAGAGGGUGGUGGACGGAGUCGGCGAAGGAUGUGCCAGUGGCGGCGGAGAACGCCGCGCGAAACGCCCCGUGCUGUGGCUGUCUUGAGCGCUCUCGUCAAGCUGUUGUCAACAUCAAGAAAGCGACCAACCCAGAUGAGACUGCCCCGAAGCAGAAACACGUCCGGAAGGCUAUCGUCUACACAUGGGAUUAUCACUCGUCCAUCUCCUUCUGGACCGGCCUGCGUGUGCAACCUAUCCUGGCCGAUGAAGUGCAGACGUUCAAAGCCCUCAUCACGGUGCAUAAGGUCUUGCAGGAGGGCACCCAGUUGUGCACGAUCAAAGAGGCUCAUGGUCAAACCGGUUGGCUAGAAACCUGCGCGCGCACCGUGGGCCACGACAGUCCUAAGGGCUACGGACCGUUGAUCAGGGCAUAUGUCCAAUUCAUCCUGGCUAAGCUCAGGUUCCAUCGGCUUAGACCUGAGUUCAAUGGAUUGUUCGAGUACGAGGAGUACGUGACACUGAAGGGUAUCGAUGAUCCUAACGAAGGCUAUGAGACUAUAUCCGACCUCAUGGGGCUGCAAGACCAGAUCGACUCCUUCCAAAAGAUGAUAUUUGCCCACUUCCGUCACUCCGCCAGCAAUGAGUGUCGCAUAUCGGCAUUGGUCCCACUUGUAAAGGAGAGUUGGGGCAUUUAUCGUUUCAUUACCAGCAUGCUGCGGGCUAUGUAUCGAAGGACCAAUGAUACUGAGGCACUGGAACCUCUGAGGCAACGUUUCAACGCCCACCACUACUCGCUGCGCAAAUUCUACUACGAGUGCUCGAACCUCAAGUAUCUCACAGGUCUCAUCAAUGUGCCAAGCUUGGAACCGCCAAAUCUCUUGGACAAUGGCACGGCCCCUGAUUUACCUGCCAGGCCGACGACGACUACAGUCAAGACGCCACCGCCAGCUACACCUGUGCCGGAUGCCAACGCUAUCAACGAACAGGUGCGCAUGCUGAAGCAAUACGAGGAGCAACAAGCGGCUCUCCUAGCUGCGCGAGAAGCCGAAGAACGUCGACGCCUGGAGCUCGAAGAACAACAACCGACUGCACAGGAGCAGCUGAUGCAGCAGCAAAUGAUGCAAUACAACAAUCAGGCUGCGGCACACGUUCAAGACUUCGAGCGAGAACUACUGGCCAUGCGGGGUCAGUACGAGCGCGAUCAACUGAUGCUUGAACAAUACGAUCGACGAGUGAAAGCUCUGGAGGGCGAAUUGGGUAGCAUUACUGCCAACGUCAACGCGCAGAUGAUGUCCAAGGAUGAGUUGAUCAAGCAGCUGCAGGACCAGGUCACCCUUUGGCGUAACAAGUACGAGGCGCUUGCGAAGCUGUAUAGCCAGCUCCGGACAGAGCAUCUCGACAUGCUUGCCAAAUUCAAGCAGAUGCAGCUGAAAGCCAACUCAGCCCAGGAAGCCAUUGAUCGCAUGGAGAGGAUGGAGAGGGACCUGAAGUCGAAGAAUCUGGAACUCGCUGAUAUGAUCCGCGAGCGCGAUCGUGCUAGGUUCGACGUGGAUCGCCAGAAGGCUAGUCACAAAGACGAGCUUGACCGUGUGCGACGGGAGUUGAGCUACGCCAAUGAGCGUGCGGAAGAUGCGUCGCGUUCAAAAAGCUCGGAGACGUCCACUAUCAUGUCGAAGUUUAACCGGCAAUUGCAAGAGUUGGAAGAUUCACUGAGGGCCAAGCAGCUUCAGAUUGAUGACCUUCUCGUGAAGCUGGACAAUGCAUCUGCCGACAUGGAUCGCCUGAGAGAGGAGAAGGACCAGGAGAUCGCCAUUCUCCAGGAGGGCAUGGACAGCACAAUCCAGCAGCUCCACGAGUCUCAGCAGAACCAAGGCAUAUCAGAAGAAACCACCAACGCCCAGAUCGACACGCUCAUCCUGGACAACAGGAAGAAGCUCAACCAGAUUAUUGAUUCCAUUCUGCAAGCUUGCGUCCACAAAGUCGACGAGUCUAUCUAUGAGCUCGAGUCGCCCGCUACUGCUGGCAACCUGAAUUCCACGCCUGAAUAUACUCUUUCGAUGAUCGAGAAGGCCAUGAACAACGCCACCGAGUUCGCGACUGUCUUUAACCUUUAUCUCGGAGGCGAAGUCGGUGGUGACCACGUCGACGUAAUCAAGGGUGCAAACGAGCUCGCGCAGUCUCUGUCAGAUGUCCUGAUCAAUACGAAGGGCAUAACUCGUCUCGUUGGUGACGAUUCUGCCGACAAGCUGAUCGGUGUAGCCAAGACAGCUGGCGAUGUCGGUUUGAGGGUCUUCCUCAACCUUCAAUCCUACAAGCUCGAUCUCCUGCCGCAGUCGUCACAGCGGAAGGAGGUCGCCAUGCGGAAUAACGGCGAGGUCCGCAAUGCGUUGUCGAAGCUGUCUGAGGUCGUCGACGGUCUCGUCCCGAAGGGCGGCAAGUCGGGAGCAUUGGCGAAGGCGAAUGGAGACAUCGGAGACAUCGUGGAGGCCGAGAUGUUGGGCGCGGCGAAGGCCAUCGAGGCCGCGACGGAGCGUCUCCAGGAGCUCAUGGCGCGUCCUCGGGAUUCUGGACGCUUCAGCGCUGUCGACUUGCAAGUGCACGACUCCAUCCUCGCCGCUGCUCUCGCGAUCACGAAUGCCAUCGCCCGCCUCAUCAAAGCAGCCACCGACUCGCAGCAGGAGAUCGUUGCUCAGGGCAAGGGGUCGAGCACCACGCAGCAGUUCUACAAGCGCAACAACCGUUGGACGGAAGGUCUGAUCUCCGCAGCCCGCGCGGUCGCCUUCGCUACAAACCUCCUCAUCGAGAGUGCCGAUGGUGUCUUGUCCGGCACGCACUCCUUGGAGCAGCUCAUCGUUGCGUCGAACGAGGUCGCUGCGGCCACGGCUCAGCUCGUAGCCGCGUCCCGUGUUAAGGCUAACCUCAUGUCGAAGACUCAGGAACGCCUGGAACUCGCUGCGAAGGCUGUCACCGCGGCUUGCAAGGCUCUCGUCAAGCAAGUCAAGGCCAUCUCCGCCAAGCAGAGCCAGGAAGAAGAGGUCGACUACAAGAACAUGGCGGCGUUCGAAUUCAAGCAGCGCGAGAUGGAGCAGCAGGUAGAGAUUCUGCGCCUGGAGAAGGAUCUGGGUGCGGCUCGCCACAUACUAGGAGCGAUGAGGCGUGCGGGAUACCAUACGGACGAGACGGAUUAA